UCUCCUGGUUCCUGGCUCCUGCUAGGCUCGGCAGUAUUGGGAGCGCGCAGGCGCGGCGUGCGGCUCGUAAGGCGCGGAGUAGCGGAGCGGGACGCGCUAGAAUCAUCAUCCAGGGACCUGUUGGAGACCACCAGAAAACAUGGGGAGGGGAACUCCAGGAUUGCACAUUAGGUCUACAAAAGGAGGCCCUAACUCUUGCAUCGAAGAACAGAUAGUUUUUCUCACAGGAGAAAAAGCCAAUUCUGUAUUAAAACGUUACCCAAGAGCUAAUGGAAUUCUUGAAGAAAUGAAACAGGGCAACAUUGAGCGUGAGUGCAAAGAAGAAGUCUGCACAUUUGAAGAAGCAAGAGAAGCUUUUGAAAAUAAUGAAAAAACUAAGGAGUUUUGGAGUACCUACACAAAAGCGCAACAAGGAGAGAGUAACAGAGGAAGUGACUGGUUUCAAUUUUACCUUACCUUUCCAUUAAUCUUUGGCCUCUUCAUUAUCCUCCUUGUCAUUUUCCUAAUCUGGAGAUGCUUCCUAAGAAACAAAACUCGUAGACAGACAGUGACUGAAGGCCACAUUCCUUUCCCUCAGCACCUGAAUAUUAUCACUCCACCUCCCCCACCAGACGAAGUGUUUGAUAGCAGUGGAUUAUCUCCAGGCUUUCUGGAAUAUGUAGUUGGGCGCUCAGAUUCUGUCUCCACUCGCCUGUCCAACUGUGAUCCCCCACCAACCUAUGAGGAAGCCACUGGCCAGGUGAACCUGCGGAGGAGUGAAACAGAACCUCAUUUAGACCCACCCCCGGAAUAUGAGGACAUAGUCAACUCCAAUUCAGCCAGUGCCAUUGCCAUGGUGCCUGUGGUCACCACCAUCAAAUGAAGCUGCAAACUUCUUUUUACUCUAAUCAUUUUUAAAAUACUAAUGAAAGAACUUUCUAGCACUUUACCACUACAUAAAUGUGCAUUGACUUAUUUUAUUGGACUCUUACAGCAUACCACUUCACACUUUCUGGUUUGAUUUCCUUUAGUUUUGUUUCUUAUUAUAAAAUCAUUAUCCAUGCUCAUUUUUGCUAGAGGAAAUAUAUGAAGAAGAAAAAAACAUACUAGUGGGGGUCUUCAUGUGAUGUGAUGAGAUAUACAUGUGUAUAUGUAUGUAUAUGCAUAUAUACAUGUGCAUGAAUCAACAUAGUACAUGUACAACUAUAUUAAAAAUCCAUUAACUUCUAUCUAAAUCACCUAGAAAGAGAGUAUUACUUACAAAAUCAAAAAAACAAGGACACCGACAGUUGUUGUAAUAGCCAACAACAUGCUGUAAAAUUUUGCAAACAGGAUGUAUUUAGCAUGUUUUCUAAUUCCUACUGGCUUUUGUUAAUCUUCUAUUUCUUCAUCUAUCUUAAAAGGAAAAAUAUCAUAUAGUCAUUCUUGGUUUUAGAAACAUCUCAGAGAGAAAGAACGAGUGCAGGAACAUAUAAUAAGUGAUAACUUGCUUACAGUGUACAGUAAGAAAAUCAUCAGUCAUGAGUGGCAUUUGCCUUGUUCUGUACUAGGGAUUUUUUUUUUUUUUGGUUGACCAUCCCCCCACUUUCAAAAUUAAACAGUAUUUUAUUAGCAUCUUUGUGUCAUGCUGUGUGUAUUAACAUCAUGAUAGGGAAGAUUUUCUGGCAGUGCAAUAAUUUCUAAAGUGGAUAUAUGUAUUAAUGACAGGCAACAGAUACCAAGUAUUCCUUUGCUUACACAUGGCAUAAUUAUUUUCUUCUUGCUAUUUCAUUGCCUUUUACUCUGUUUACUCUUUCUCCUACCACUACAGAAUCUUCAAGCCCUUAAGAGUUUAGUUAAAUAAAAUUUUUGAAAUUAUUUUCUUAAUGUUUUUAUACAGGCUGAGGUCUUUGCCUCAAGAUUAUUAGAAGGCAAUUUUCCAUUAAAUUUAUGAACUGUGAUUUUUUUAUAUUGCCCUCCAAUUGAUAGAAGAAGAUUGCAAAGUCUGUGUUAUCCCUCAUGCACAGUAAAUCUAUUGAUAGCCCCACAUAGAUCUCAUUACUGUUGCUGUUUUGUUUUGUAUUUUUAUCAGAUUUUUUUAAACUGCAGAGUUUUUACUUUUCCUUUGGAACAGAGGGAAUGGGCUGUAAAGGAACUACCAACAUCAACUGUCUCAGAAAGAAAAAAAAUAAGACAGUUGUUUCAUAAAGUUCCCAUUAUGAAUGCACAGGUGGCAAAUUCAUUAGAUCAGGUCAGGGAAAUGUCUGUGCCACUCCCAAGCCUUCUUAGCCUUAGAUAAAAUGGUUGAGGCAGAAGGAAUGUAGGUUUCAAGUGUGUCAUUCCCUGCUACCUCCAUCUCCA